AUGAAGUCCAGGUCGUCCGCGCCCAGACUUGACGCCACCCCGCCCGCCCCCUUGCCCUUGGUAGGACUAGCGGCGGCGGCGGCGGCGGCGGCGGCGGCGGCGGCGGCACGGGCGGCGGGAGAGGUUGUCGCGGUGGUGGUUGCGGGAGACAACAACAAAGACGAGGACGACGGCGGCGAGGACAUCACCCUCGGUGGAGAAACCGGGCUCGAAGCAGCGGCAGCAGGCGGCGAAGACGUUGGCGACGGGACAACCCUUUGAGACGAAGACAUCGCCUCUCCGGGGCGGAAACCCCUCGGCGGGGUAGGAGGAGGCGGCGGCGGGGACGACGAACAAGAAACUCCCGCUGUACUUGUAGAAGCCUCGUGCGAAAAGGAGAACGCCGACGCCGUCACCGUCGUCGUUGUCGUUGUCGGGUCAACGC